GUGGGGUGCGACGUUACUUCACUCGAACUCCCCAUGUAUCAAUCAUAACAUUGACAAUUGAAGACAUAACUAACGACAAGAUGGGCCACUUAACACACGAUGAGUUCUUCAACCGAUUAGCUGACAUCUUCCACGCCCGCAAGGCCAAGGGCCACGGCGCCGUUUAUUUGACCCAAAAACGACUAUCAUACAGCCAGACGUCAAAGAGCCCUUCAGAACAAGAAGAGAAUCCCCUUGCGGACCUGCACCCCGCCCAGCCUCUCCCCAUCCUCAUCCGCGCCAGCAACGGCAAAGGAAAAGGGGACAGGGCGGCUAAAGUCAAGUUGUCAACGGUUGUGCAGCCGGACGAGCUAGAGGGGUUUUACUCGCGGUAUGCUGAGGUUUGCAAGGCGGGCAUGGCGGCCUUGAAGCCGAGGGACCGUACCAAGCGAAAGGCAAAGGCGAAGAAGAGGAAGGGCAUGACGGCCACCUAAUAUUCAUGCUCCACGGGCUUGCCUAGUAUUGAAGGUUCAGGCCUCUUGGCGUUUGCUACGUACCGUCAUGGCAAAACGUGUGCGCUUGAAUGGGUGAGGGGGGAAAGGGACGGGGUGCUUUUGGGGUGUAGCGGCGACAGGAAUGGAGGUGUGACCCCCGCCUAGACUUGAUGGAGAUGAGGUUUAGUGUUCAUGUUGGUCACCGUUCACUAGUAGAUGGGACGACUCUCGAUUUCCGCUGCCAGAAUCCCGAACGUUUGUUCCAAGAGCAAGGGUUGUGAAGCAGAGUUCUAGCGCCGGUAGGUUCAGAUUAUGGGGCAGCCGUGCCAAUGUUGGAAAUAUCGAGGUUAUAUAAGACCGAUGGCACCGUACGUGGCAAAGAGCGCUAUGUCG